AUUCUUCUCAUGCAACCAGGUCCUGUCGUAAAGUAAGACUCUUUGGAGUGAAAAUAGAGCGAUGAAGCAACGCAAAACCAACAACAAUCUUCCCAUAUUUGUAGUGGUUUUCACAGUUUUCUUGUUUGGGGUUUUCAUGUACGAUGAGGACGUCAAGUCCAUAGCCGAGUUCCCAUUUUCAACCCCUAAAGCUACCCAAAUCCAAGACCAACAAUCCAAACAAGCCAACAACCCAGAAAAUGAGGUACUGCCAUUGAACUCUAAAGAAACAACAAAGGAACCUGAUGAUGAUCAUCAUCAUCAUGACUUGGAGGAAUCCAUUGUUGUGAAAGAUGAUGAGCAGCAACAAAAGAUUGAAAUACCAGUGGUUGAAGAAGACGAUGAUGACGUUGAAGUACCUCCAGAAGAUUGUGAUCUCUUCACUGGACAAUGGGUUUUCGACAAUGAAACAUAUCCUUUAUAUAAAGAAGAUGAAUGUGAGUUUCUUACAGCACAAGUUACUUGCAUGAGGAAUGGAAGAAAAGAUUCUAUGUAUCAGAAUUGGAGAUGGCAACCUAGAGAUUGUAAUUUACCCAAGUUUAAACCAAGAUUUUUCCUUGAGAAGUUGAGGAACAAAAGGCUUAUGUUUGUUGGAGAUUCAUUAAACAGGAACCAAUGGGAAUCCAUGAUUUGUCUGGUUCAAUCUGCUGUCCCUGCUGGAAAUAAGAGCUUGAACAAAUCUGGGUCUUUAUCUGUGUUCAGAAUUGAGGAAUAUAAUGCAACAGUGGAGUUUUAUUGGGCUCCUUUUUUGGUUCAAUCAAAUUCAGAUGACCCAAAACGACACAGCAUCUUGGAUCGUAUAAUUAUGCCUGAAUCAAUCAGGGAACAUGGCAAGAAUUGGAAAGAUGUGGACUACUUGAUCUUCAAUACAUACAUUUGGUGGAUGAACACUUUCACUAUGAAAGUCUUACGAGGGUCGUUCGACCGAGGCGACACGGAAUACGAUGAGAUCGAACGUCCAGUAGCGUAUAAGAGAGUAUUGGAAACUUGGUCUAAAUGGGUUGAAAAAAAUGUGAAUUCGAAUCGAACCACCGUCUUCUUCAACAGCAUGUCUCCUCUUCAUAUCAAGAGCUUGGAUUGGAAUAAUCCAAAUGGGAUCAAAUGUGCCUUAGAGACUACCCCAAUUCUCAACCAGUCAAUGUACCUAGAUGUGGGCACAGACCGUCGACUAUUAGUCAUUGCCAACAACAUUACUCAAAAUAUGAAUGUUAAGGUUCAUUUUGUUAACAUUACAAGCCUGUCGGAAUACAGAAAAGAUGCACAUACUUCUGUCUAUACAAUCCGUCAAGGUAAAAUGUUGACACCAGAACAACAAGCUGACCCGGAAAAUUUUGCAGAUUGUAUCCAUUGGUGUCUUCCCGGACUACCCGACAUAUGGAAUGAAUUCCUUUACACACGCAUCAUUACUAACUCGUGACUUAUAGAAAUAAUUCAUGUUAUGCAUUUAGUGUUUUUUUUUUCUUUGACUCCAUUAUUACUUCAGUCAUAUGGAUCAUCAAAAAGUUUUGAUUUUGUGCCAUUGUUGAUUUAAUGGGGAUUGGAGUAGGGAGUCUAAGAAUGUCAAAUUUUAUCACUCACUGAGCAAACUUAGCCCAAGCACACAAAGUUGUAUAAUUAAAGCAUAUGUUGGAAACUUUGAAAGAGGAAAUAAAGGUUAACACACAAGCACUUUUUCUUCUUUAAUAA